AUGAGAGUGAUUGGAGUCAGUGGUGGGAGACUGAUAGGAGCCAAUGGUGGGAGAGUGAUAGGAGCCAGUGAUGGGAGAGUAAUAGGAACCUGUGAUGGGAGAGUGAUAAGAGCCAUUGAUGAGAGAGUGAUAGGAGCCUGUGAUGGGAGAAGAGUGAUAGAAGCCAGUGGUGGGAGAGUAAUAGGAGCGAGUGGUGGGAGAGUGAUAGGAGCCAGUGAUGGGAGAGUGAUAGGAACCUGUGAUGGGAGAGUGAUAAGAGCCAGUGAUGAGAUAGUGAUAGGAGCCUGUGAUGGGAGAGUGAUAAGAGCCAGUGAUGGGAGAGUGAUAGGAGCCAGUGAUGAGAUAGUGAUAGGAGCCUGUGAUGGGAGAGUGAUAAGAGCCAGUGAUGGGAGAGUGAUAGGAGCCUGUGGAGCCAGUGAUGGGAGAGUAAUAGGAACCUGUGAUGGGAGAGUGAUAAGAGCCAUUGAUGAGAGAGUGAUAGGAGCCUGUGAUGGGAGAGUGAUAGGAGCCAGUCACGGGAGAGUGAUAGGAGCCUGUGAUGGGAGAGUGAUAAGAGCCAGUGAUAGGAGAGUGAUAGGAGCCUGUGAUGGGAGAAGGAUAGGAGCCAGAGCCAGUGGUGGGAGAGUGAUAGGAGCGAGUGGUGGGAGAGUGAUAGGAGCCAGUGAUGGGAGAGUGAUAGGAGCCUGUGAUGGGAGAGUGAUAAGAGCCAGUGAUGAGAUAGUGAUAGGAGCCUGUGAUGGGAGAGUGAUAAGAGCCAGUGAUGGGAGAGUGAUAGGAGCCAGUGAUGAGAUAGUGAUAGGAGCCUGUGAUGGGAGAGUGAUAAGAGCCAGUGAUGGGAGAGUGAUAGGAGCCUGUGGAGCCUGUGAUGGGAGAGUGAUAAGAGCCAGUGAUGAGAGAGUGAUAGGAGCCUGUGAUGGGAGAGUGAUAGGAGCCAGUCACGGGAGAGUGAUAGGAGCCUGUGAUGGGAGAGUGAUAAGAGCCAGUGAUAGGAGAGUGAUAGCCUGUGAGCCUGUGAUGGGAGAAGGAUAG